CGCCAGACUAGACCCUGGUGCGGAGUGGGCGCGACCAACGUGGGCGGGAGAAAGCGGGGCCGGGGGGCGCGCGCUCGGCGCCCUCCGGGCAUGGACGUCCUCCUGCAGCCCGGCACGGGGGGCUGAGCGGGCAGAGUACUUGGCGUCCGCUGACUCCGCUCUCAAACUGGGCACCGGCUCGGCCACCUGCGCCCCCUCGGCCUCGCGUCGUCUGUCCUCUGCCCGGGCGGGGAGGCGCGGGGCGGGGCGGGGCUGGUGACGCGGCCCGGAGACCCCGGGGCGGCGCGGGGCGCGAGGCGCGCGUUUGCACCGCGAACCCAUCAGCGGCGAGGCGCGCGGGAGCUGGGGCGCUGAGCCGGAGCCCCCCCGCCCGCCAGCCCCGCGCCCGGAUGAGGAGCGAUGCCGCUCGGUCUGGCCGCCCCCCGCGUGCGCCGCGCCGGAGACAAAGCCCGCGCCUGAGCGGCUCCCUCGGCCCGCGUCCCCGCUCCGGUGACCCUCGAAGCAGGAGCCCUGCAUCGGCCUCUCCUCUGAAGACUGUCGACUGCUGCUGCUGCCGCCAGCCUGUCCCCUGCCCAGGCCUGUCCCUGUGCUGCCUCUUAGCAGGGGCAGCAGAAUGAAAGAGGGCAUGUCCAACAACAGCACCACUAGCAUCUCCCAAGCCAGGAAGGCUGUGGAGCAGCUGAAGAUGGAAGCCUGUAUGGACAGAGUGAAGGUCUCCCAGGCCGCUGCCGACCUCCUGGCGUACUGUGAAGCCCACGUGCGGGAAGACCCCCUCGUCACCCCAGUGCCUGCGUCAGAAAACCCAUUCCGAGAGAAGAAGUUCUUCUGCACCAUUCUCUGACUGUCGGUUAUGAAAAUAUCUCCUUCUCUGUCAGUAAAACCCCUGGUGGAGACCGUGCAUGCUCUUAGCUUUAGGGAGCUCCGCCCACACCCAUCCCUGCCCAACCAGGAUGGCUGGGGCCUGUCUCGUCUUCUCAUUGGUUUUCUUCAUUG